AUGCUGAAAGCCUUGACUGCCGCCUUGAGCGGUGACAAGAAGUCGAUCCCCACUUGGAACGGAAGUGUUGAGACUCUUCGACCAUGGUUGCGUCAGUUGAGUUAUUGGGAGUUGGACAACAAUGUUCCUAAGACACGUUGGGGAAUCAAGUUGUUGCAGAGUUUUACAGAUGGGAGUGCACCUCGGAAGAUCGCUGAGACAGUUGACCUUUCAGUUGUUCUGUCAGAACAAGGGUAUGGCACCAUUCUCACCGAGAUCAUGACCAAGUAUGGACCCUUUCUAGAAGCAAUUGGUCCGGCCGCCAUUGAUCAUUUUUUCUAUGGCUUUGAAAGGUCUCGACAGGAGAGCUUUAGCAACUACAUCGCUGCGAAGGAGGUUGCGCUGCAGGAGCUUGAGGCUCAGCUGGGUGAGAAGGUUCCGCCCCGAAUCGCUGGCAGAGUGCUUUUGAGGGGUGCCAAUCUGUCGGAGCAACAACGUGAGAACUUAGCCAUUAAGUACAAUGCAUUGUUGACCUUUGAUCAGAUUGCAAGAGCAUUGAGGCCGUUAGACAGGCCGGAGGCAUUGGUUGGCAAGGUAAGCAAAACAUUUUUGAUGGGUCGCUCAGAAGCAACAGAGCAGUCAGAAGCUUUUCAUGAAGGAGAGCAUGAGGACCUUGAGGAAGAAGAGGAGUUGUUGUUUGAGGAGGAUGAACCGGAAUCCGAUGGUGAAGGGAAUUUGACGUACUUGGUGUUUGAUCCAAGCAGAGAAUACACGGAGGAGGAGACACAGUACAUUUGGGCAUACAAUUCGGCCUAUCGAGAUGUUCGCAAGGACCUGCAAGCUCGUCGAAAAGGCCGACAGUUCUUCAAACCCAAGGACUCAGCCCAAAGGAACAAGAAAGGUGGAGGAAAGGGACGCUUUGGGAAGACAGAUGGACAUGAAGCAGUUGUUGACACAGCAGCUGAAGAGGCAGUGAUUGGUUCUUCAGCAAUGCAACGCCUGACGCAAGCAUUGGCACGACAUGGCCUACAACCACGACCAGCGUCUGGAGCAACGGUGACUUGUUCUGGGAUUGGUGGCUCAGCCAAAAUACUUGGCAUCUGGGACAUCCCCAUCGGAGUCUGCCGAUCCAACGGUUUGAUUCGAGCCACCGAGAUCGAGGACAGUGGAAGCUUUGAAACACCGUUUCUGCUGCCAGUGUCGUACCAAGAACUUGUGGGUGCAGUCAUUGACCUUGACCGCAGUACGUUCAAGCUGCGAAACGGUCGCAAGACCAUGAUGAAGCGGACGCCAUCCGGGCACCGCGCAAUAUCCAUCCUCGAGUUUGGAGGCAGAUGGGCCUUGCCUGAAGCCCUUCGAGCAGAACUCCACCUAGAUGGAGAAAAUCCUUUUGUCCUGCCGCUCGACAAGAAGUCCAGCAGAUUCCAACAGAAACCUGGAGUCGCUGUGAGUACGAUUGCGAUCACCAUGCAAUCUCGGAUCCUGGAAUGCAUCGUCAAAGAAGAGCAACAGGAAGCAAAGGUGAAGAAAGAAAGCAAGAAGCCGCUGUUGUCCACUCAGCAGCGGGUGAAUGCAUGGCAGCGCAUGGUUCGAAUGAUCUUGUGGAUGAUCGGCAAUGCCAACGUGGAGUAUGCGGCCAACUAUCUGAUGACACGACACAGCAUCUCCGAGCUUCAGCACGAGGCCGACGAGCGGGAGAAAGCACGCUUGGAACUGGAAAGGCAGAAGGCCCAGAAGGCCAGGAUGAUUCGGCGCGGCAUCGGCCAACCUUUGAGUCGAUCCGUCGCUUGCAAGACCUGGCAUGCCGAGCCAGCCGCAUGUGCCCACUCCGACGACAAGCUACGCCAGAGGGCAGGCCGUGGGCAUUUUUGGUGGACUUGCCUCGACUGUGGAAGUCGUUGGGAGCGCUUGGAAGCCCAGCAAGAUCGGCAGAUCAACGCACCGUCCAGCAGUUCCCAUGCCGACGAAGCAGCUGGAUCCACGGUGACGGUCAUCAACACCAGUUCGAAGGUGGCUUACCCCAAGAUCCUCCCCGCUCCAAGGUACCGUCCGGAUCUGAGCGACCUCAAGCUGAAGGAAGAGAAGAGUCCGGAGAAGAGCACAUGGCCUCGCCAUGUGACCGUCCGGGAGAUGAUGAUGAUCGCUGCCAACCAGCCGCCGGAGGAGCCUUCGCCCAUGAAGACUCCGGGACCAAUCCCGGCAGGAUCAGUAAAGGAAGAGCCCAGGACUCCUCGCCGCCGCCAGUCAAGUGGAGUGCGGCCCAUGCAGGAGCGAGCCCGCCAGAAGAGGAGCGAGCAUUCGCCACCACCGGAGCAGUUCGAGAUUUGCUCGAGCGAGGAGGACAACCCGUGGACCAAUGUAAGGAAGAAGACUAUGAGCUCCUUAGGCAAAGGAGUCGCAGCAGCUGUCACGAUCCCACUUUUGGUCUUCACAAGCAUCAUGUCAAGCACAGCCGACAGUAUCACCUUUUUGCAUCUUUUUGCAGAAUUUAGGAUAGUGCCGGCAGCCAGGAAAGCAGGUCUUCGAGCUUCCUUGUCAAUGGACCUGACCACAGGCUAUGACUUUACGAAGGCAGCCGACCGGAGGAGGGCAUGGAAAGAUAUCCUAGAGAAAAAGCCAGCAGUGAUUUUGAUUUGUCCACCUUGUCGCACCUUUUCACCACUCCGUUUCCUGUCUUCCUAUAAGAGGCAACUGCGCAAGGUGCAAGAAGAGGAACAGGAGGGUGAUGAUUUGCUUUCGUUUGGUCUUGAUGUGGCCGAACACCAGAUCAAGCACGGUCGAGGUUUUGUGUUUGAACACCCUUGGUUGUCAAGAGCCUGGAAACGACCUCGAACUCAAUACGUGCUAGAACACCCAGAUGUUUUCUGCAUCCAGUGCGACAUGUGUCAAUUUGGCCUGAAGAUUGCAAAAGGGCCAAUGAAGGACCAGCUGGCUCAGAAAAGCUCAGGCAUUAUGUCAAAUGUUCCAGAAGUUCUUGAUUUUGUGAAUCAUCGUUGUCAGAAGGAUCACAAGCAUGGCAAACUCAUUGGAGGGGUUGCUCAAUAUGCCCAAGAAUACACUCCAGCUUUCGUGCAAGCCAUUGUAUGUGGCAUCAAAGAAGCUUUGGGGUUCAAGGUUUCUAGCUCGGACAGAAGUGUUCCCAAAGCAGACAACAACCUUCGUGGACGAAAGACCGGAAAGGCAAUUGGAGCAAUCCUACACCAGUAUGCUGUGCAGGUUCGGGAGUUGGAACAGCUCGUACCGGACGAAGAGACGCCUGCGGGUCGGACCGAGUGCCUAACACCGGGGUCUGGUGGCUCACACCCCGGGACCGGCCACCCGCCAUUGUCGUCCAGUUCACCGUCCGCGUUAACGAGCUCUUUGACCAUGCCGAGCGGUACUUCCCUGAGUCCAUCCAGGUCUAAAAGUACCACCUCCAUGAUGAAGAUGAAACAAGCCUUCCAGAAGAAGGAAGUUCGGGCAUGGCCUUUAGCCAGCGAGCAAGGCCGCGACCUUGAAGAAGCCCUUGAUGAUGAAAUUGAAGCCCAUGGAGCAGAAGCAGCACAACCGAGGAGGGCACGACCACCAAGCCAACCGGUCGAGCCUGAAGAAGUUUCAGCUGAGGAGGCAGUGAGAGCCCAACUUCGAAGUGUGACGGAAGAGCCCAAAGUUCGACACGCUUUGAGAAAAGUUGAAGACUUUCGCAAGGUGUCGGAGGGCGAGUUCUCAUUGUCGCCGUCCGUUAGACGAGAGAUCCACAAGAUUCACCGCAACCUGGGACACCCAGGAAAUGACCUCUUUCUCCGAGCCCUUCGUCAUUCCGGAGUGAAACCAAGCAUUCUGGAUUGGGUUCGCAACCACUUCUCAUGUCCAGCGUGCAAAACCCUGGACAAGCCAAAUCCACAACGACCAGGUCAUUUGUUGCGGGCUCUUGAGUUUGGACAAGUUGUGGGAGUCGACCUCUUUUUCAUAGAAGUCGAGGGAGAGCUCCUGACCUUUUUGAACAUGUUGGACUGGGGCACAAACUUCCAACAAGUGGCCCUAUGCCAGAAUCGGACCUCAGAAGAGGUUCAAAAAGUUUUCCUUUCAGAGUGGACCAAGCACUACGGUCCGCCCUUGCUUCUUGUGUCAGAUCGAGGACCAGAGUUCACAGGCCAGCGGUUUCAGGAAAUGAUUUCAGGUUUGGGCACCACCAUCCACUAUACCAACAGUCAAUCUCCGUGGCAAAACAGUCGCACGGAAAAAGCAGGAGGGGUGUUCAAAGAGAAGUUCAAGGCUGUAAUGCAUGCAGCCUCAGCUACCAAAGAUGAAGUCCCAAUGGUGAUUGCUGAAGUUGUGAAUAGCAGGAACCGGUUCAUGGAUCGGUGGGGGUUCUCGCCGAUGCAACGUGUUUUCGGCAAGUCACUCCGGCUUCCAGCAAGCCUCUUGUCGACAGAUGCCCUCGACCAUGAACUCAUGGAACUUGCUGCAAGUGACCCCAUCAGAAGACAAUGGCAAAUCAGGGAGCUUUCCUCGCAGGAGUGGCUUCGACGACAAGAUCGUGCAGCUGUUCAGAGGAGCGUCCACGCAAGGACCCGCCAAACGGACAAGAAACAGUUCAUGCCUGGCGAAUGGGUGUACGUGUUCAGAAACACCCCAACCUUUCGAGGAUGGGCAGGCCCAGGGGUUCUUUUAGCAGAGAGUCCAAGUGGCACAGGCUGGUGGAUUUCCAUGCGUGGCAGACUUUGGCAGGUUUCCACUGAACAGAUUCGUAUGGCCACACCAGAGGAGAACCUUGGAGCAGAACUUGUUGCAGAACUGUCCCAAGAUCUUCUUCAGAAGCUUCAGUCACCGGGGCAGAUUGCCUACCAAGACAUCACCAGAGAGGACAUUCCGAAUGAAGCAGACUUCCAGGAAGAAGAACUCUUGCGUCUCCUUCGCAUUGAGGAGGCACCUCAGGCAGACCCUUCAGAGCACCACCAUGCGACUGAGGACGUCGAUGCUGAGAUGACAGAGACUACACAUGUGGAGGAAGCUCCAUCGAGUCACUCCACUUACUUGGAGAUCAAGGACUUUGACCGGGAUGAGGACCUUCAACAGCUGGGCGUUCGAGGAAGCUUCAUCGGCGCCACCUGGCGCUAUGAUCGUGAGCAGAGAAAAAGGGUCGUUUUGCCUGACCCUUCUUCCACAGCCACUUUUUGGUCACAUCGGGGUGAAGCGAGCUUUGACUACCGUGAUCAAUGCAUGUCCGUCUCCAAAGCAAAAUCAUCCUUUGGUCAGGUGGAAUUUGCCAAAUUAAAUGAUGAGCAGAAGGUGCUUUUUCGGGCCUCUCGAAAGAAAGAACUGGACAGCCUUCUCAAAAACAAAGCCAUCCGGAUUUUGAGCAUCGAAGAAAGCCUUCAGUUUGCCAAAGAUCAUCCGGAGCAGAUCAUUGAGUCGAAGUUCGUUGACAGAUUCAAGCCAAAGCCGGUUGAGUUGUCCACACUUGAAGCUUACAAGCGUCGGGCCAUCCAAGAAGGACACCUGGAAGCCAUCGAGCUUGAAAGCGAUCAACAGAAUCCCAAAAGCCGUUUGUGUGCUGUGGGAUGGCAUGACCCACAGAUACACGAGGUCAAGGAUGUGAAGACAGCGUUCUUGCAGUCUCUUCCAACCGCCAGGAGUCGCUUGCUUGCAUGUCGGCAGCCAAGAGAUGAGACUUUGCCCGGUCUGGACUCUCGCCAGCUGAUCUUGCUCCUGACGGAGAUUUAUGGGCUAGUCUCUGGCCCUUCAUGGUGGAGGAGGACUUUGUUGAAAAUAGCCACCGAAGAACUUGGCUACCAUGUCAGUGUGUAUGACAAGUGUGUCCUUACACUGCCAGCGCAAGAUGCAUCACCAGAGGCCUUGACAGAAGGCUACAUGGUCAUUGAGGUUGAUGACAUUAUAGAGGCUGGUGGGAAACGACAUGAAGCUCUCAUGAAGAGAAUGGAAGAACGGUUGAACUUCGGCAAAAUCGAUGAGUUGUAUGGCACUUCCGGCACAAGCUACGCCGGAAGACACCUCAAACAGCUUCCAGACUACAGCUUUGAAAGUCACAUGGAAGAGUUCCUGUACACUAGAUUGGAACCAGUGAAGCUGAACCGGCGCAUCCUCAAGAAAGACGCCGCGCAAGUUGACCUCUCAGAACAUGAGAAGACACAACUGAGGGGACUUCUGGCAUCGCUCAACUGGGUGUCGAGAGAAGCUCGGCCAGAUGCUGCCGCUGGGGCUUCCGUCCUGGCAUCGACGUUCCCGAGUCCAAAGGUUUCUCACCUCGUGGAGGCCAACGAAAUUGUGAGGCAUUUGAAAACAUGCCCGGUGACGCUUCGCAUUUAUGCCAUAGAAGAGUCAAAGCUUCGACACUUUCUGGUGGCAGACUCGGCGUUCGACACGUCGGGGCAAGAGAAGUCUCAGUUUGGGUUCUUGCUUGGGUUCACAACGCCCGACUUCAACCAAGGCCGCAGUGCACCGAUGAGCUUGAUGCAAUGGAGGUCCCGACGCCUCCGUCGCAAAGCAGCCUCUUCCUUGCUGUGUGAGGCCAUCAGCAUGUCAGCUGCGACGGCCGCCAUGGAGCGCUUGGUGGCGUUCUUUGAGUCCAUCAGGUACUCUGGAUUCAACCCAAGGUCAAAGCAACGAAGUGAAGACGAACUGCUCGCGACCUUUGGCAAGACAAAGGUCAUAGCUGCGGAGGUUGAAGCUUUCAAAGACCCUCAUGGAGUCGCCUUGAUGGAUGCAAAAGCUCUGUACGACUCACUGAAUAGUGACCAGUCGCAGGGUGGCACAGAUGACCGGGCGACUUUAGAGAUUGCCAUCAUCAAAGAAUCAUUGGCAGUGACGCAGACGCGUCCUAGAUGGAUUCCUCACAACUUCAAUCCAGCAGAUGCACUGACAAAAGUGCAAGGGUGUCAUGCCGAACCUCUCAUGCGCUUGCUGCGAACCGGUCACAUGACCCUCGAGGAAGAGUCAGAUGUUCUAGAACGUGGAAAACAGUCACAGCAUCGCAUGAAGGAAACGGAAGCGAUGCAAAUUGCCUCGCGCAUCAAUGAGGCAUUGGCUUUAAAACGCUCCCCAGAGCCCACCUACACAGCGCCAGUUGAUACGGCCUGGUACGACGAGCUGGGUGUGUCGCCCAACGCCAGCACCGAGGAGAUCCGCCUGCGGUACCUGGAGAUUGCCGAGAACGUCGAGGAGGAUUUGGCCUACCUCCUGGAAGCAGGUCGCUUUGCUGCAAGAGCGUGA